CACAGCUGAACCAUUACAGGGCGGAACGUUACCGCUUGAAGGAAGGAACUCGGUGAAAGUUGAUACGAUGUGCUCAAACUUACCCUGAACAUUUUUGUUGAUACAUCUGAAGUGUCCACUGCGGGGAACGUCUGGAGCAACUUUAUGAGAGUCGAGUUAGAAGGAUUGAAAACUCGUUUUCCCCCCCAGAUCAUCGACAGAGGAAGGAUAAGGGGCUAAUUGGACAUAUGAAAUUGGAAGGUUUAUUGUGGAUCGCUGCUUCCUCCACAAACCCAGACUUUGAGAAACUACAGGUUCUCAUGCAAAAGAUCUAAGCAAUGCCCAUGAGAAUGUUUAUUUCAAUGGCUUUUCUUCUCAGCCUCCAGGCAGUUGUGCACAUUAAACCAGCUAAAGCCAAGCUGCCCUGUACAAUAACAUCUGACAGGCGUUCAGCAGACUGUAAAGGUCUACGGCUGGACCAUGUGCCUAUAACAUAUCUGCCUGCCUCUCUGGAAGAGCUCGACCUGUCUUUCAAUACCAUACAGGUCAUCAGCAAACAAGAUUUUUUCAAACUUAGUCAUUUGCGAGUCCUCAAGCUUAAUUUCAACAACAUCUCUCUGAUUGUGGAUGAUGCCUUUCAGGGAAACGUUUUUUUGGAGAAACUAAACUUAUUUAAUAACUCUCUGACAGAAAUUCCAUUUAAAGCUCUUGAGCCACUCAAAUUUUUGAAGGAUUUAGAAAUGUCCAAUAAUUUGUACACUCAAGCAUCUCUGGAUGCUUCUUUUUUGAAGUUUACCCAGUUAAAAAUGCUAUCCAUUGGUGGACCCCUGGUCAGUAGUUUGGGAAGCCGUGACAUUUCUGUGUUGAAAAACAUUUCAUUGGACAAGUUUGCUAUUAAAACUGGCACUGGUUUUAAAAGUUAUGAACCUGGGUAUUUCAGCUACCUUAACACAAAAAACUUGUGGCUCGAUAUAGCGUUUGACAAAAAACCAGAUAUACUUCCUAUGAUAUUGAAAGAUCUGGCAAAUAAGACUUUUGAUAUGCUACGUUUCCGAAACCUUUUUGAAUUUCAGUACUAUACUGGUAAACAGGAUAUUUUUUAUGGCCUGCAGUAUGUAAAGACUCCACUCCUAACCUUCUAUCGAGGUAAAUUCAGUGAGGAAGUUAUGAGAAUGGCUCUGGUAAAUGUGGAAAUCAGUUCGAUCGAAGCCCUGGAACUGCUGUUCAUCGACUUUGCUCGUUCACUGAAUAGAACACAGGGAUCCAGUGUGACGAACUUGACCUUGGAAAAGCUGGUGCUCUCGGACAUCAGUAAUCCAGAUAUAAUGCGCUUCGACUGGAGCUUUACCUGGCUCAAUCAUGUCCGCCAAUUCAUUGUAUGGAAUGUGAACUUCAACAGCGUGCCGUGCGAUUCGUGGCAGGAGAUGAAAAGUGUUGAACUUCUGGACAUCUCUAACAACCAGCUUAGGGACAGUUAUAUUUAUAACCCGCUAUGUGACACUACAAACAUACUGCACGAGCUUGAAACCUUUAACGUUAGCCGUAAUCGACUUAGCAACCUCAGUGACUUGGCAUCUCUGACCAAAGACUUUGUCAAGCUGACUACAAUCGAUAUGAGCCACAACCAGUUGCAAUAUACGGGAAAUCGUGUCUGUUACUGGAGACAGACCAUUAACAAAGUAAUUGCUCAUCAUAAUAGUCUGACGAGCAACAGUUUUAAGUGCCUUCCCACUUCUGUAAGCUUCCUUGAUCUUUCGUACAGCAGCCUAGACCAGCUUGACAUGGACUAUUUUAUUAAGGCAUCCAAUCUGACCGAGCUCCUCCUCAGCGGCAACAAGAUCAAGUUCAUUCCUUCCGGCUGGAGGAAUCCAUACUUGAGGACGCUCGCUUUAGAUGGAAACUCCUUUGGACUUGUUAGCAUGACUUCUUUUAAAGACAUGCCUAGCCUACGUGUCCUGACUGCAGGCAACAACCCAUACCACUGUAUCUGUGAUCUCUAUACCUUCAUACAGGAAACCACAAACAAGGGCAUGGUGAGCAUCACAGACUGGCCAGACAACUACAAGUGCUACCAUCCCGAGCACCUUCUCAACACAAUGGUAUCACAAUACUUCCCUGGUCAUUUAGCCUGUAAUAUUACACUCGUUAUCAUCAUCUCUGUGUCAACAACAGUGGUUGUUGUCCUUGGUCUUAUGCUUCUGUGCUACAUCUUUCACGUGCCAUGGUACAUAAAAACCACAUACCAAAUCAUCAGAGCCAAGUACAGGGCCCAUAAAGAAGGUUCAGGUCAGGCUGUGGACUACACCUUUCAUGCUUUCAUCUCUUACAGCCACGUGGAUGCAGACUGGGUACGAAACCAGCUGCUCCCUUGUUUAGAGAAUUCUAAGCCUCCUUACCGCCUCUGCAUCCAUGAAAGAGACUUCACUCCAGGGAAGUGGAUCAUUGACAACAUCAUUGAGAACAUUGAAGAUAGUCACAAGGUGAUCUUCGUGUUGUCACGGAACUUUGUGAACAGUGAUUGGUGCAACUAUGAGCUCUACUUCGCCCAACAACGGGCCAUUGGCAAGACAUUCAGUGAUGUCAUCCUGAUUCUGAAGGAGCCCAUAGAUCCCACAUCUCUUCCAAGUAAAUACUGCAAGCUCAAAAAGAUGCUCAAUACCAAAACCUACCUAGAGUGGCCCCAGCAGCCCACAGAACAGAGCUUUUUCUGGGUCCAGCUGAGGAGUGUUCUGGGCAAACCAAACAUAACAAGACAGCGCACGACCAGCCGUCAUAGCCGCCUGUCUUCAGUGAGGUCUGUCUCCCUGAUUGAGCUGCCACAGGACCAGAGUUCUGCAGAUACUAAAACUACAUAUGAAGAUGGCCACCAAAUCAAUGAUCAGCCUUCUAACAGAUGCCAACCAACUUUAAAAGAACUUGCUUGAAAGACAUAAAUAAUAUAUCAUUGGCAGAGAUGACCAGACAGAACAUGCAUCAUUUAUUUUCCCAACAUUCAAAAUAUGACGUGCUUCAUGGUAACUGAUCUGCAUUGAUGUUAAGCUAAGAAUCAUUUAAACCGGUUUGUCUGACUCAUUGGUUGCAGAAAGACUGGAAAAAGAUCAUUCUGACUCAUAUGUUCAGUCAGUAAGCAAAACAAACCGAUCUAGACAGUCAUUUACUGACCUAGUAGCCCAUAGCAUACACAACAACACAUGCUCACUCUGACAAUCAAUACAGUUCUAUGUACUUAAGUAUAUAUACUUAUCUUAAUUAGCGUAGUGAACUGCUAUACUGUUCCCUCACCUUAUGCCAGUAUGUAAUUGUGUCUUUAAAUAAUGUCUUAAUAUAUUUUAAUGAAAAUAUUAGAAUUUUUGUAAAUACUCUUUUCAGACUUUUAAAUGUCUCAAAUUUUGACAUAUAAAUGUAUUUUGUAUCUGAAUUUGUGAUUAAAAGUGUAAUAUCUUCUUUUUUUCCAUUAUUCUACAUGGAACUAAUAAAAAAUGAUGGUGAUGUCAGGACUAUGAAUAGAUCAUAUUAUGAAAAAUUAUAUUAUGAUGAAGUUGUCAUGUUACCACACAAAAUAGUAUCAUUCUUUUAAAAAGACUAUAUAUAUAUAUAUAUAUAUAUAUAUAUAUAUAUAUAUAUAUAUAUAUAUAUAUAUACUGUAUAAAUCUAUACUGGUCACAGUUUAAUAGACCUCUUUAAAAAUGUUUCUUAUUAAUGAUAUUAAUGGCUGCUCUAUGUCAAAGCAGUUGGUAUAUAAUUUCACUGUCAUUCUAUUAUUCUUUAUGAUCUGGAUUAAUCAUAACGUGUGCCCCUCACUCCGAGAUUGAUAACCCCACAGCUAACUUCACAUUCAACUCCAGUAAUGAUGUGUUUAUGUCUGGUCUAUAGUUGUAAAUGGUGAAUCAUAAAAUGUAUUUUACUGAACAGAUGGAUCCUUGCAAAUAAACAAGAAGUUAUGAUGC